CCGGGUUCCAGUCCAACCAGCACAGCUCAGCUUCCCACGCGCCCACUGUUCCCCUCUUCCUCCGUCUCUUCCUCCCCGCCGCCACACAGGCGAGGAGCUAGGUUUUGGCCAUCACUCCGGCGAUCAAAGCCAAGCCUGUGGGUGGUGCGGCGCGCGAAGACCCGAGAUGCCUCUUCCCCACGCACCGUUGCAGACGCAGUUCGAGCAUAUACCGAUGAUUACCUUGAAUGUGCGCGGGGGUCUCCGUGAGUAUCAAAGGGUCAUGCGUCUCAAGAAACGGAGAGAAAUACGCAUUGGGCUAGCUCUGUUCAGGUCGCGUCCCGUUACACCAAUGAUGCAUCCUCAAGGUGGACAAACGUAUUACAGACUCAGACUUGAAGACCCUACGCGUCCUAAUGUUUACGUGGAAUUUCUAGUCUGUGAUCAGAAUCUAUACUUGAUAGCGUAUCGUUGGUAUAAUGGCAAUGUCUGGACCGAUUGGCUUUAUUUCCAGGACCAGCGAGCAUCGAUACCAGGAUACUUGCUCGCUACCUCUACCAGUUUGCCUUUCCCUGGUCGUCAUGAUGCACAGACAACGAUGCCCGUGGGACCUACUGCUGCACUGAUGGACAUAUUUUAUGUGCUCACCAACCCACAAGCAGAUGAUGCAGCGGUCCGGAGGGCUCUUCUGCGGGCAGUCAUUUUGUUCUGCGAGGCUAGCAGAAUACUGAUGAUCUUCAUGGACAUGAUGAGUAGGAUGAGCUGCACUGCAGUUAUGGAUGAUGUACUGGAGGUCUUGAUGUGGGUGCGCAUGAGGAGUGUUGGGCAUAAGCCACCGCAGGACGCGUCGGGCAUGAGCUAG